UGGUGGAAAAGUCAAAGAAGUCUAAAAUAUACCACAGCUAUGGAUGUCAAAGAAGAUCAAAAUUAAUUAAUUAGGUGGGAAACGAGAUAUAUGUCCUGUGCCCUCUCCUUAAAUGGAGGUAGACAAAUUCAUGGUUCUAUCCUUCAAUCAGAGGAGCAGAGAGUACCUUCAGCAUGAUAAGAUUUCCCAUUUAUGAGGUACCUGAAUAGAUGAUGUAGAAGUCAAGUCCAAAAUGAGGGCAGCAGAAUGGCUCAUAUUAAACAUUCAGAACUCCCUUUUACAUAUACUGUUAACCCAAAGUAGGCUUUUUAUUGUUGCCCACAUAAAACAUUCCUUUCUUUAAUCUCUAUGGCUUUCUAUUGUCUUUUCCUGUAAAAGACUCUUUCCUGACAAAACUCUCAUAAUCCCUAGAUUCCUCAACAGUUCUAGUUCAAUGCUUCUUCUUCUUCUUUUUUUUUUUUUUUGCUGAGGCAAUGGGUGACUUGCUGAAGGUCAACACAGUUAGGAAGUGCUGAAUGUGGGUCACAUUUGAACUCAGGUCAGCCUGACUUCAGGGCUUAUCCACUUCACCAUCUAGUUGCCCCUCAAUACUUCUUUCUAAACAAAGCUCUUCCUGAUUCCUGCUUUCACUUCAAAUCAACAAAUCUAUUUUGUAUUUACCUGUAUAAGUACAUAUCUCCUCUUGAUUUGUCUGGGUUUAUUUUGUGUCCUAUACUGAUGAUGUCACGUAAGGAUUCUUUCUUUUGUUUUUGUAUCCCCUCUCAGUCAUCACUUAAUAAUCACUUGUGGAUAGAUUGAGUGAACUAAAACUAUUGUACUACGCACAUUAUUCUAUGUGCAGAAUGUCAUGCCUAAAGAGAUAGAUUAAGUGAAAUAGACCCUGUUCAUGAAAGGCAAUGUGACACAAUAGAAAGAAUGCUGGGUUUGAGGUCAAAGCACCUUGGUAGGAAUUUUGGUUUAGCCACAUACUAUGUAGGACCAAGGAAUAUGAUUCUUAUCCUUUCUGGAUUUUCCAGUUUAAAAUGAGAGGGUGGACUAUUUGAUUUCUUCUUCAAUGUUAAUUCUUGUGGAAGCAAUUCAUUGCUUUCAGGAGGGAAAGAAAAAAUUACAUCUGAUGAACGUAAUGGCAAUGGUUAAACUAAGAUUGGACAAUAAUUUGAAGAGGAGAACACUAUCACUUUAUUAAUACAACUCUAAGGUUGUAAGAAUUAAACAUUAAAAAAAUGUAUUGUCAGGUGUCAUUGAGCAAGAGCACACAUAACCCUAUAAAUUGGUUUUUGCGGUUUAGGCCAGGAUAAUUUAAUAUUAUUCUACAUAAAACGGCAUCUUUUUCGAGAAAUUAAAAUAUUCCAUCUCUAUCAUUUACAAACAUUUCUAUUUCCUUAUCAAAGGCCAGGUAAAAAACUGCCUUUCUUAUUUAGGCACUCAGUUGUAAUCUGUUUUUCCCACGCAUUAGUCAACAUAGUCCCGACCAAUCAUCUUUCUCUAUCUUGACUUCCUAUUGGCUGUUACUCCACCAAUCCGAAUUGACCCCGCCCUGUACAAUCCGAGCAAAAGGCAUCACAACAUUACUUCAUUCUCGGACCCACCCAUCUUCCUGCCCCGGGUCCUUCUAGGCCGGCGCGCGCGCCAGUUCUUGGCCAAUGAGCUUUGAGCUUGUCGGGCGCCCCGUUGGAAUCGGAGGAAAGCUGGUGGCGUGCUCGUGCCCGAGCGCCUUCCCCCGGCCUUCUGCGCGCGCCCCUCGCUCCGCGCGCGGUCGCGUUGCGGCUCCUUUUGCUACUGCCGCUGCUGGAGCCGGAACUGUAGAGCGCCGCGGUGUAGUGCCGCGGCCGCGAGAGAGGCUCCCUGGAAUCAGGGGGCGUCCGGGGGGCGGCGGAUCGUAGCACCGGCCGGGGCUUCCGACAAUCGCCAUCCCUUCCCCCGGAGAGGCGGAGGGCCGUUCUCGGAUCCGCGCGCGGGGUCGCGCCGCGCCUCGCUGCGGGGCCCGGGGCUCAGAGCGGACCUGCCCCUGCUCAGCCCUUGGCCCACAGUGUCUCUUUCCCUUUCGUUCUCCCUAUCCGGAGGACACUCCCCUGGACCCUUCCCCCAGCGGCCGGUGGCCGCCCUGAUCUGCCUCGGGGUUGGGGGGGAACGGAGCAGCGACUGAGGCGGCCGGGAUCAGGCCGGCCGAGCCUGAGGCCCGGCCCUGGGCUACCGGGACCACAGCCUGCAAAGGAGGGCUCCCGGGGCCCGGGCCGGGGGAGGGUGUUGUGAGCCUGGAGCAGUCCCUGGAGAAGCGGGAAGCACGCCGCUGGACUGUGAGCAGCCGGCCGGAGAGCCCGCGGUGCCAGGCUGCAGCUGCGCUUUGAUGCCUAAGGAUGACAGUGAAGUUGGGAGACGGCAGCAGCGGGGAGGAAGGGCUCAAAAAGCUGGGCAAGAGAUCAGCAGAUGAGGAGUCCCUGGAAGGAGAAGGGGCUGGAGGAGGAGAAGCAGCUGAAGAGACCAGCCACAGCACAAAGAAAGAGGAGAAGAUUAUCAAUAAUAAUAACAAUAAUAACCCUUCCUCCUCCAGUUUGCAGCAAGCCCAGUCCCCUCUUCAGGCUUCUUCCCAGGACCAGCAUCAUUUCUUAAGGUCCAGUGUGAGACCUCAGAGCAAGAGAUUCAGGAAAGAUUCAGCCUGUGCAGUUGGCAGCAACAGCAGCACCAGUGCCAAGGGAAAAGGGACAGACAAUGGAGGCCCAUCUUCUGGUAGUGUAUCAGGAAUCACUCCCAGUGCACCUUCUGGAACCUCCAAGUCAUCUACCCGGAGUCUGGGCUCUUCAAGUGGAGAGAAAGAAGAAGGUAAAAAGGUCCGGCGCCAGUGGGAGUCAUGGAGCACUGAGGACAAGAACACUUUCUUCGAGGGACUGUAUGAGCAUGGGAAAGAUUUUGAAGCAAUUCAGAACAAUAUUGCGCUGAAGUAUAAGAAGAAAGGCAAACCUGCAAGCAUGGUGAAAAACAAAGAACAGGUCCGGCAUUUUUAUUACCGCACUUGGCACAAGAUCACCAAAUACAUCGAUUUUGAUAAUGUGUUUUCUCGAGGAUUGAAAAAAUCAUCCCAGGAACUUUAUGGAUUAAUUUGCUAUGGAGAGUUGAGGAAGAAAAUUGGGGGCUGUAUGGAUGAUAAGAAUGCCACAAAACUGAAUGAACUUAUUCAAGUUGGGGCCACAACUGUUCGUUACAAAGGGCGAAAUCUUCGAAUUAAAGCUCCAAUGUGCAGAGCCUUGAAGAAACUCUGUGAUCCAGAUGGUCUCAGUGAUGAGGAAGAUCAGAAGCCAGUGCGGCUUCCUCUAAAAGUUCCUGUGGAACUGCAACCUCGAAACAACCAUGCUUGGGCCCGGGUUCAAAGUCUUGCCCAGAAUCCACGCCUCAGGAUGAUUGUAGAAUUACAUCGAAAAGUUUCUAGCCUCAUUGAAUUCCUGAAGCAGAAAUGGGCAUUACACGAAGUGCGAAUUCGCCAAACACUGGAUGCACGGCAGCUCCAGGACUCUAGAGAUGGAGAGGCGAGGGCCCAGCUUUCCAGGGAGAAAGCUACCUUGCAUCUCUUUCCUGGGGAAAACUGUACACUCACACCCCUACCUGGGGUAGCCCGGGUGGUUCACUCAAAAGCUUUCUGCACAGUGCACUGGCAGGAAAGUGGUAAAUGCAAACAGAACACAAAGGACUCUCAUUUACUGCCUCCUGCCCAAAUCCUAGGCAUUCAGAGUGGUCAGGGUACAGCCCGGGGCCAAGUGAAAUAUCCUCGGGGAGCAACUGACACCAAGACCUAUGGAAGGAGUGAGAAUAUGGCAGAAUUGACAAGAAUGCCCCAUCCUCCUACCGAUGCUUCUCAGAGUUCUGGAGAGAGCUCCCCAGAAAGUGGCCCCGGUGAGGGGACAGCCCUGAGCCUUAGCAGCCCAGAUGCUCCUGACAAGAUGCCUUCUGGACUUCAUGAUUCAGGAGGAAAUCUGGAGAAGAUUAAUGUGGCAGCUUCUACAGAGGGCAGAGAUGCCCCAGUCAGUGACCAAGCUUCUAUACCCACGCCUGGAAGUGUUUCAUGUGCCUGCAGCCAGAUCCCUGACCUGGAAGAGGAGCUCUCUCUCCUAGAUCCAUUCCCUCGGUACAUGAAGUCCUGCCAGGACCUUAUCAUCCCAGAGAAAUGUUUUUGUUCAGACAGAUUGUCUAGGCAAGAGCCUGCUCCCCCCAGUGAGUCCACCUCUCCAGAGGCUCUUCCAGCUAGUAAUGUAGAAACUGCUGACCUAGCAACAGGUCAAGGACCAUCACUCGUCAGCAUGCAGUCUAGAGCUGAAACUCAGAUUAGCCAAAAUCUGGGGUUACAACCAGAUGUUUGCACUAAGGAGUUAGCUGAUAUACCUGCUGAGGACUUCCAGGAGAAGCUGAGCUCCUCCUUUACAUCUCCAUCUCAGGGACAGCCUGCCACAAAAUCUCUGAAGGAGAGCCCAAGCCGGCUUGCCCAGCAGGUCAGAGAGGAGGGGUGGAACCUACAGACCUCCGAAAGCCUUACACUGGCUGAAGUCUACCUCAUGAUGGGCAAGCCAAACAAGCUGCAGCUGGAAUAUGACUGGUUGGCUGUCCUGGGGCCAGAGACAGAAACCCCAAACUCAAGGGAUCCAGGGCAGGACCCUAGCUCUGGCUCCACAUCCGCAGCCUUUCAUAAGCAGCGCCUGCUUAGCUGUCUCUUAAAACUAAUUUCGACUGAAGUCAACCCUAAACUGACUCCUGAAUCUAAUGCUGUCUCGGUGGCUUCAGUGAAGCCCACUCAAGAGGAACAGUUACUAACACCCCCAGGAAAGGUGAUAACCAUCAGUACUCGGAGUCCCCGAUGUGCCCGAAAUCAGUCCACCCUUCGAAACAAUAAGAACUUCUCUCCUAAUUCUUCAUCCAGCUCCUCAGGUUUGAGAAACCCUCCAAGACCUCUUCUGGUAGCCGCUCCAUCCAGUUCAGGAAACAGUGAUUCUGAUGGGGGGCUUUUUGCAGUCCCAACAACCUUGCCACCCAAUAGCCGACAUGGAAAGCUGUUUUCACCUAGCAAGGAUGCAGAGUUGACUUUUCGACAGCAUCUUGACACAAUCGGUAUGCAGUCGGAUUUCUUCUUGCCAAAGCCAAGGAAGUUACGAAAUAGACACUUGCGGAAGCCAUUGGUGGUACAGAGAACGCUGCUUCCUAGACCAUCAGGAAAUCCAUCCCAUAAUGUGUGUUCUUUCUCCAUUAUGUCAAAUUCCUCUAUAACAGGAAGAGGAUCAUUUAGGCCAAUCCAGUCCUCUCUGACCAAAGCUGCUUUGUCUCGACCUAUUGUGCCCAAGGUUCUUCCAGCCCAGGCUGCUAAUCACCUAUCUAGUGCCAUUGAUUUGGCAGCUAAAAGUGCUGGUAUUAUCCCUGGGAGCCCACUUCCUGUUCUGGACCCUGAGGGUUUGCCUGGGAUAACACAGUUGCCUUCAGAGGAAGUGACAGCCACAGUGACAGGACAAAACUUGGCUAGCUCACAUCAGAAUGGGGAUGCCAUAUCAGCUAUGGGGGGCACAAGCGAUGGAUGCCGUGUUCCUUUCAUCAGUAUUCCCACAAGGCCUGAACAGGAAUCUGUAGCUCAGAGUUUCCAGGGUUCAUCUGUUCUAUCCUUGUCUGAACUGUCCAAAGCCCCUCUCCAAAAUGGUCUCUCUACUCCCCUUCCUACAUCUGAGGGAUCUAGUACCCGGCUUUCUCCACCCAAUGUCUCUGCUCUACUCGACAUUUCUCUUCCUGGACCCCCUGAGGAUGUAUUAUCACAGGGAGAACCUUCGACUCAGAUUAGUGAUUCCAUCAUUGAGAUUGCCAUCAGUUCUGGCCAAUAUAGUGAAGGAGUCUCUCUUUCUCCAGCAAAAUUGAAUGGUAGUGAUAGCUCCAAAAGUCUUCCAUCUCCAUCCAGCAGCCCUCAACAAAAUUGGAUUGCAUCUCCCACUCAUGAUCCCCAGUGGUACCCCAAUGAUUCUACAGAUUCUUCUCUUAGCAGCCUGUUUUCAAGUUUCAUCUCACCAGAGAAGGGUCGGAAGAUGCUUCCAACUCCUGUUGGGACUGCCAGUGGUACUUCCCUUCUAGGCCCUAGCUUGCUGGAUGGAAAUUCUCGGGACUCAUUCGUCUCCCGGUCACUGGCUGAUGUUGCAGAGGUUGUGGAUUCCCAACUGGUAUGCAUGAUGAAUGAAAACAGCAUUGAUUACAUUUCUCGUUUCAAUGACCUUGCCCAGGAAUUGUCCAUCACUGAGUCAAGUCGUCGAGAGGUCCUUUUUGAUGGAGGUGGAGGUGGCCCUCCAGUGGGUGACCUCUCACAGUGAUCAUGCUUAGUGUGAUGAACACAGUAGUGUUCCACAGUUAGGAUGGACUGACAUUAUAAAUUGACGUAGUAUGGUUGUUCCUCUGAUUAUGGGGAGGGGGAGGGAAUCCCAGUGUCCCACUCUCAAUAAAGGCAGCAUCUUCUAAUAUUUGAACAGCUGUGCAUCCUAGAAUCUAUAGUAUACCAGGAACUGAUCACUGAACAGUAUUAAAAUUGAAUUCCCAUUAGAGGAGCUAGAGCUACUGAUGUGAUUGGAAAGAAUCAGAACUAGUUCUCUGGAAUGGCAUGAGUUAAGACUGUUGGUAAGAGAACCCCCUUCUGAGGCACUUUGUGCCCAUUUGUAAUAUUUUUAGUUCCAUGUCAAGAUUGGGGUACAGAUGAAGAUUAGUCUUAUGUUAAAGCCUAAAUUGGUUGUAUUGAACAUUCCAGUUAUGUUUUUCUUUUUUAAAGGGGAUAAGUUGAGAGUGCCUUGGAAUAGCCAUUAAAUCCUGGAGAAUUUUACGCCACACUCACUGGUGGGAGAGCCCAAGUCACUGUUGCCUUCCUCCAGUUAAUUCUUUAACAUUCUAUUGCUAUGUCUGUAAAGUGAUGGGAAUUUUAUAAUCCAUAAUGCAUUCCUUCUUCCCUGGGGAAGACAGCACAGCAGCUCUUGGGCUCUCUGAUUGUAAUUGCAUUCCAGGCAGAUGAUAGUGUGAUAAAGGCCUUACAGUAUCUGGGGUAGCAGGUCUUAAUAGAUGUCAAUUUGUUGCAAAGAUUUUUCCUAUCACCAAUUCUACUAAAAUAUCAAUCUUUCCACAGUCCCCGAAUUGGAGGUUUUGGUUGACUUGGUUUACAGGACAGGUAAAGAAUCAUGUCUUAUGCAGAUAAUAUUGAUUUUUUUAAAUUUUUGAGAGAGAAAAAGAUCUUAUAUUUUGUGAAUUAGGAACCAUUAAAAAGAAAACCCAAUUAAGUUAUUUCCUUUCCUCUUCCACUUGCCUAGUUUCUUUAAGGGUGGUUGAAGGCAUCUAUUUGCUUAUUUAUGGAUGAAGACCCUCUGUCUAUAAAUGCUUACACAUUUGAUGGAAUUUUAUUUGACAUCUGAAAAGAAAUCAAGUGAUCCUUAAUAAUUGGGUAGCUUAGAUGAAGUGAUUUUUUUCUCUGCUUUUGGUUGGUCUCAGCAUAUGUUCUUCCCUUAUUGUAUACAUGCUUAGUCCUCGCUUAAUCUGUUACCAAUGAGCACCUCUCUUCUUGCCCAGCAUCUCUUUGUCCUAUUCAAGAGAAUUCAAGAACAGGGGAUUUUGUUUAUAUAGGGUAGCCCUAGCCCGUUAGUACACAAAAGCCAUGUCCUUUGUAGAGACAGGUCUUAUAAAGUCCUACAGCUAAUUCUUUAUGUAUCAGGUGAACCCAUUUAAUCUUAUCCACACCUAUGUCUUAAUAGCCAGCAAUAGUUGGCUCUGCUUUCACAAUCCAUUCAGGCAUCCAUGUGAUGAAGUUCAACCUUGGCUGCAGUGUCAUAUGUGACUUCAUCUCUCUGACAUAUUUAACUUUAGGUCAUUACCCACUUAGCCUCUUGUACAGUGUUUCUAUCUAUUUUGCCAUUAACAGCCACCUUUGUUGAAAUUAAGAGCAGCCUUUCUUCCUCUUAGUAAUAUUUUUAAGUAAGGCUAGUAGUCUUUAAGGCUAUUGUUAGUUACUUGUUAGCUUCUCUCCCCAACUAUCAGUGACCCAGUCUUUGGAUAUACACAAUUCAUAUAGUUUGGACUAGACAAGUGCCCAACUUAAGGCACUUAAGAGAACUCAAGGCUUUUUCAGGAGAAAUAAAAUAUAUAUGCUCUAUUCCAAAUAGAGAAUUGUGGAAUCCCACAAAUUAAGAUUAUUUCAGAUAUUCUAAUCCCUAAAACAAGGGAGACAUUGAGGGUUAUGAAAGGAGAACAUCUGGUUUCACGUUGUGGUUUUCGUCCCUUGUCUCUGAAACACUUUCCUGGAGCUCUUAUGUGAUACCUAAGGUAUUAGUACCUUAGGAGUAUAGCUUUUCCUAAAUCUUAAGUAGCAGCACGUAAUUAAAAAUAAAGGAAUAUGGCACAGUUAGAUCAAUUGAUUUGAACAACUGUAGUUGUAUAGUCUUUAAACCAACCUCACCAUUUUCUGGGUUGAUACAUAAGUUCUUCAAAUUCAAGAGAGUUGAGGAAUAUUUCUUGUCCUUGAUAUCUGACUUAGUCAUGGGUUAAAACUCUGCCUGCUGAGUUUGUAUUGCUAUUAGUCUUCAUGAACUCUAUACUCCAAUGCUAAAGCAAAGGAGUUUUCUAGGAAUAUCGCCAAAAUUAAUGACCAAUUGUGUCAUGACCGUGCCAGUUGAUGAUACUUCUGACCUAGUUAUCUAGUAGGAGCUCUGAGAUGUUAAGACAAACAAGUGGAAACCAAUUAGGCAAAGAGGAAGAAAAAUAUUAUUAUAAGCUUAUUCAAAGACUUUAAAAAUCAUAAAUUCCCGUGUUUUGAGUAUUGGGCAGCUAGAACAGGAUGGAAGGAGAAAGUGUCAACUACCUUGUAAGUUUCCUUACCAGUGAUAAACAUGAAUUAUUAUAAAAGACCUUUGUUUUUCCCUUUGGCAACAAGUCACUUGGAUGUUUUUACUUGCCAUGAUUAAGGGAAAUUUCAUAGUUUGUGGUGAAAAAUGAAUCUCCUUGCCUUAUAAAUAUAUGUAUAAAAAUAGAACUUUUUCAGAGAAUCAAAAGUAGACCACAUAUGUCAGAAAGUAGAAUUAUUUUGUUCCAUUCAAAUGGACAUUUCUUAGCCUUUCCAUGUGAACUAAAGGCUUACUUUGUGCAUUUGAGCUGAAAGCAGACAAUUCCUUAAAAAUUUUAUAAUUAAGAUAAUAUAUUUGGAAUCUGUUGCAAGUUCUCAAUUUCUGAAACUCCUGUUCAAAUUCAGGACUGAGUAAGAGCCUCUGGGUCUUUCAAGGUUGAUAUACUUGGCCCCUCAUUCUUUUGUGGAGUAUACAUGUGAUGAGCAUCUUGUAUAUUUCAAAGAAUGCAGAAGCAAAUAAAUGCUUGUGUUUACAAUGAGAUAUGCUAAAUGUAGAAUUUACUGUUCAAGAAGAGUUAAUUGAAAACAAUUAGCUUACCUGUAUUUGUUCUGUACUCCUACAUCUCCAGAUCCUCUAAAUAUAGGAAUUACUAUUGUUUAUGAGGCUACCCUAAGAUACAAGUAGAUGGAUGGCCUUUUAAAAGCUAAAUCUUAAAACCAAAUCGCAUCACUGAGCUCAAACUUGUUUUGCAAAGCAAUAGAUGUCUUGUAUGCUGAUGCUGGAAACCCCCCAGGAAGAAAUUUAAAUACUCGGAUGCAUUUCUAAGGGAAUACUGCACUUUGGUGGUUUUUCUUUUUUGUUGUUUUUUUUUUUAAACAGCAUCCCAAACCUUUGUAGCUCUCUUAAUUUCACAGUAAGUUAAGUAAAUUAAACCUUGGAAGCACUACAGCAACCUGUUAUCAUGUAUUACUGAAACAGGAUAACUGGCUUUAGAGCUUAUGGUUUGGCAGCAGAACUUAUUGCUGUUUCUUUGAAAAAUAGUUAAGCCAUAUCAUCUUAAGGUUUUUGGCUUGUUUGAGAUGUGAAUUUGUUUUAUAGAUUAUAAAUAUACAUAUGCAGUGUAUGUAUAAAGCAGAUUGCCUGUCCUUCCUGAUUAUUUUUUGUACCAUAUUGUAAAUUAUAUUAUUUAUUCUUUACCAAUUUUGAAAACAAAAAGGUGUUUUGGCUAUUUAAUAUAAUAAACAAAAGCUGUUAAACUUCCUAUGUUUAAAUUUCCAGUUCAACUUGUAAAUCUGUUUUUAUUAUUGUGCAUAAAUACAUACUAAUACUUGA